GAAGAGAAAAAUCAUUAUAAUAUUGUACUAGUAGUUAUUUAGAUUUUACACCAAAAACAUCACAACGAAGAAGGGAGUGGUAGUAACCAAAUCUGUAUUUUUUUUCUUUCCUCUCCCUUCUUCCUUCGUCCUCUCUGUCUUCCCAAUAUUUCGCUCUGUUCUGUUCAAACCUCAAUGCUUCUCUGUCUCUGUAUUCCUCAUAGAUCCAACAAUAAUAUCACACCAUAACCAAUUCUCAUUCUCAUUGCCUCAAUAUUCAUUAUCAUAUGAUUCUGAUUAUUCUCUCUUUUUUUGAGCCGGUUGAAGCAGUUUUUUUAGCAUCUCAAAGUAUGAUAAGUUUAUUUCUUUCGGACUUUUGAUUAUGGUUAAUGCUGGAUAAAGUUGAGAUUAUUUAGCUCCAAGUUUUACACAGUGGAUGUGAAUGAUGGAUGUUUCUGAGGUCGAGGAAAGUUUCUUUGCAGCAAGUGAUGCCAAGUUACAUGCAGAAAUGUGCAGAAGUCUUUCUGCAAUAUAUUGUAAAAUAUUGUCAAUAUUUCCUUCUUUAGAAGCAGCUAGGCCUCGGAGCAAAUCUGGAAUUCAAGCAUUAUGUUCACUGCAUGUAGCCUUAGAGAAGGCGAAGAACGUACUUCAGCACUGCACAGAGUCUAGUAAACUUUACUUGGCUAUAACUGGAGAUUCCGUUCUUGUAAAAUUUGAGAAGGCCAAGUGUGCUAUUGUAGAUAGUCUUAAGCUGGUAGAAGAUAUUGUUUCCCAAUCAAUUGCAUGUCAGAUUGAUGAAAUUGUGAACGAAAUUUCUGGUAUGGUGUUUGCGCUUGAUCCAUCAGAGAAACAAGUUGGGGAUGAUUUAAUUGCAUUGCUUCAGCAGGAUAGAAAGUUUAACAACUCUAAUGACAGUAGUGAACUUGAGUGUUUUCAUAUGGCUGCUACUAAACUUGGAAUCACGUCUUCCAGAGCAGCUCUCACUGAAAGAAGAGCUCUAAAAAAACUCAUUGAAAGGGCUCGGGCCGAGGAAGACAAGAGGAAGGAAUCAAUUAUUGCAUAUCUAUUACACCUUAUGAGGAAAUACUCCAAGUUAUUUAGAAGUGAGUUCUCUGAUGAUAAUGAUUCUCAAGGUUCUCAACCUUGUUCUCCCACCGUUCAGAGACCCCUCGAGGAUGGUGUUCCUGCUGGUCAUUGUCAAGCCUUUGAUAGACAGAUGUCAAAACUUAGUUCCUUUAAUUUUAAGCCGAACAAUAAGAAAUCGGGACAAAUGCCCCUUCCACCAGAAGAAUUAAGGUGUCCAAUCUCUCUGCAACUUAUGAGUGAUCCUGUUAUAAUUGCUUCUGGACAGACAUAUGAAAAAGCUUGUAUAGAAAAAUGGUUCAAUGAUGGGCACAACACCUGCCCAAAGACUCAACAGAAACUCACACAUCUUUCUUUGACUCCUAAUUACUGUGUCAAGGGUCUUGUAGCUAGUUGGUGUGAACAGAAUGGAAUUCCUAUUCCCGAAGGUCCUCCCGAAUCUCUUGAUUUUAAUUACUGGAGAUUGGCAUUAUCAGAUUCUGAAUCCACAAAUUCAAGAUCUGUAAACAGUGUCAACUCUUGCAAAAUGAAGGGUGUCAAAGUUGUUCCUCUCGAAGAGAAUGUUAUCUUAGAGAAAACUGAGGGAAAUGUAACUGAAACUUUGUCUACACAAGAAGAGGAAGACAGUGAGCAGUAUCUUAGUUUUCUGAAAGUAUUGACUGAAGGGAACAAUUGGAAGAAAAAGUGUAAAGUAGUAGAGAGGUUGAGGCUGUUGCUGCGGGACGAUGAGGAAGCCAGGAUUUUUAUGGGGGCUAAUGGAUUUGUUGAAGCACUUUUUCAGUUCCUGCAAUCAGCUGUGCGUGAAGGGCAUGUGAAGGCUCGGGAAAAUGGAGCUAUGGCUCUGUUCAACCUGGCUGUGAAUAACAACAGAAAUAAGGAACUUAUGAUAUCAGCAGGAAUCUUAUCAUUGUUGGAGGAAAUGGUAAUGAUUUCAAGCACCAGUUCAUACAGUUGUGCAACCGCCCUGUAUCUGAAUCUUUCUUGCCUCGAAGAAGCCAAGCCAGUGAUUGGCGCGAGUCAGGCUGUGAAGUUCCUGAUCCAGAUGCUUCAACCUAAGACAGAAGUCCAGUGCAAGAUGGAUGCCCUUCAUGCACUCUAUAAUAUUUCUACUGUGUCCUCGAAUGUUUCAAACCUUAUUUCUUCUGGCAUCAUCAAUGGCCUACAAUCCCUUCUUGUUGGCCAAACUGAUUGCAUGUGGUCAGAAAAAAGCAUAGCUGUUUUGGUUAAUUUGGCGGUUUCUCAGGUAGGAAGAGAUGAAAUGAUCUUGAAUCCUGAAGUGAUAACCACGUUGGCUUCUAUACUUGAUACCGGUGAAUCAUUAGAGCAGGAACAAGCUGUGUCUUGUCUCCUAAUAUUAUGUAACAGGAGUGAGAAAUGUUGUGAGAUGGUCUUGCAAGAAGGGGCUAUACCUGCAUUGGUGUCAAUAUCGGUAAAUGGAACCUCAAGAGGAAGAGAGAAAGCUCAAAAGCUGUUGAUGCUCUUUCGAGAGCAGCGACAACGAGACAAUUCACCUGCUAAGACUCAAUACUGCUCACCUGAAGCUGGUGAUUUGUCCAUGCCUUCUCCAGAAGCGAAACCGCUAAGUAAAUCAAUAUCUAGAAGAAGAGUGGGGAAAGCUUUAAGUUUUCUAUGGAAAAGCAAGAGCUAUUCUGUUUACCAGUGCUAGUUUUAGCCUUUUAGGUUCGAUGUAAAUCUCUGUUUGGUUCUUAACCCUUCUGGGGGCCUUCCUUUUUUAUCAUCCUGUCACUCAUGUUCUCAUGUAAAUCGCUGCUUAUUUUUUGGAUUCCAAAUCGAAGAGUUGUACAGGCAUGUGUAAUCUAUGGAUUCUUUUAGUCAGAUUUAUUUUUUGUUUCAAAGAGCUUAGUGGCGAAAUUUGCA